AUGCCUUCAUGUGUUGUGAAGUGGUGCAGAAACCAUACAGAUCACCAUAUAACAAGCGGCGUUACUUUCCACUUAUUCCCACAAGACCCUACACGAAGGGAGCAAUGGAUAAAAGCCGUUCAGUUAGAGAGACAGGAAAGCUAUUGGAUGCCUACUAAGUGUUCAAAGAUAUGCUCAAUUCAUUUCAAAGAAACAGACUUCCAUUUGUCCAAGAAAAAAAACACUAUGCUUAGUAAAACUGCUGUACCAAUUUGUACAAUGGUAUUUGCAAGUGAUAAACUGCUCUCGUCACAUGCAUCGGAAGCAAAGCAGCCUAAUAUUCAUGACAAACCAAGUGUGGACGAGAAACCUCUUGUGAGCACUCCGCCUGUUUACAAUUCGUCAAAUACGUUGCAGUUAAACUUAAUUAAAAAAGAAAGUAUUCCGGAAACACCAAGUAAACAUAAAGUAAAGAUCUCAUGCCCCAGCUGUGGAUAUCACUUUGGUAUUGCAGGUAAUUUCGUGGAAGAUUCACAAGUGAUUCACCAUCGUCGAACGUCACCGUCACUGAAUCUCACCACAGAAGUGAUCGAAAUAAAGCUAUACAACACGCCUUUAAACAUGCUAUAUUCCGAUAUGGAAUCAGCCCUGAACGCGUCAAAGAUGCAAUCACUCGAGAAGAAAUUACAAAGGAAAUCGCUGCUAGCAAAGAAGAGGUUAUCGAAGAUAAUGAACUUAUCAAGGAGAAAUGGAAGGCUGAUAGAGAAAAUGUCUAUCCUUAAAAAGAGUAUACAAGAAAUGAAAAAUAAUAAAUUUAAAGAGUGGUCU